AUUUUCGCAGUUCAUUAUCACACCUUGUUUUUGUUCUCAUGUGGGAUGGAAACGGAAGAACCUGGCGGGGCUGAAACUUUGGACUUGGAAAAAGGGAAUGAACUGUUCUGUUUUCAUGGCCCUUCUUUGUAUGCUGCCCGAGUGUCGGAUAAACGAGAAAAAGAUGGAAUCAAGCAAUACUUGAUUCAUUAUUUCGGAUGGAAGAAAAUAUAUGAUGAAUGGAUCCCGUGCACGUCGCCGAGACUCGUUCUUCCGGGCACUGAUCGGCACAAGCAAUACGCGGAAAGAGUUGUUCCGGUUCGUCAGAAUGCGAAUGCCGUGAAAUCUACGAAAUCUGACGAAAAGCAGCCGUUGUCACGAUCACCGAAGAAGCAUUCGGACCAAGACAAUGCAUCCAACUCGGAUCGCGUUCGCAGGGGUUCCACCAAAUCCCCGACUCCGACACAGUCUCCCCCGCGAGCUGAACCCCUUAACCUCGAACCAUCUUUAAAACUAGAAGACGUUCGGAUCGCGUCAUCCGCCACGAAGAAGCUCAAGCGAAAGCGAACGAAAAGCAAUAGCGAGGACUUGAGCGACGGAAGCGAUGACAGAGUCGUCAAGGAAGAAGUUGAUGGCUCAGACGAAAAGCGACCAUCUCAUCAGAAGCUUAAGCACAGACGGAAGCUCGGCUUUGGAGAGAGUUCGACGGUACGGCAGUCGCCAUUUGCCAAGCCGGACAGGGUUGCCGUCAAACCACAGUAUUCGUCUAUGAAAACUCCGCGAAAGUUGAUGGACCCGAAUGUGGAGUGCGUUUUGGAUAUUGACGUUCCGCCGAAUUUGGCUGGCAUUUUAGUGCAAGACGCGAAGGAGUGUUCAUCAGUUGAGGAGGUGAAAUUUGAGUCUUGCGUGACGAUCGACGAAAUAUUUCAGCGGUAUCUGGAUACCAGACCCGACAUUCUUCAAUGCAAUUAUGCCAAGGUGAGAGUUAUCGAGCGGGUGGUUGGUGCUAUCGGAGACCUGUUUCAGCUUUUGCUUCCUGUUCGACUACUCUAUGACUCGGAGAAAGCCAUGCAUAGGAAUAUGACGGAAGGAAACGAGGAACCGUUGAUCAAAAUGUAUGGAGGCGUGCAUUUACUUCGAUUGCUCUGCUCCGAUUUUGUGUGUGUGCUGGAGAAAUGCCUGAACAAGCGAGCUCUGGAAGAACGACGGGCCGGCUUGGUGAUGAACUACGUUUACGAUAUUCUCGACUUUAUGAGAAGCAAUGUGGAGUUCUGGUACAAAGGUGAUUGUGGAUUACUUCUCAAGCAGUCAGAAGAAACGAAGGCUUCGGAGGAUGUUGAAUUACCUGACAUCAGUGCGGACGACGCAGCGCAGGUUUUCUGUUACAAUUUUAAUCGCGAAGAUAUUUCGCAUGAUAAGGCGGGUGUGAAUGGUGUGAACUGCAGCAAGGAUCUAGCGUUGAUCUCAAAUUCUUCCGCGGAAAAUUGAAAAGACGAAUGCUGCAGUUUUUUUUGUCAAGUGUUUCGUUUGAAAGAUUUAAUUGGGUAAAGAGCAAAUGAAGUGUUACAUGACCAAGAAACA